AUGACAGAGCAGAGCUUCCUCAACUCUUCAACUGCUCCAAAGUUAUCCCACGUUCUCUUGGUAUCAUAUAUAGGGAAUUCCGUUCUUAAUGUCCUGCUCUCAUUUACAGCCACGUUUGGAAACAUCGUGAUCGCUAUUUCGCUGCGAAAGAAUUCUUCACUUCACGCUCCAUCUAAAGCUUUGUACUUAAGCUUAGCUCUGUCUGAUCUUGGUGUUGGCCUCAUUGGACAUCCGUUGUACCUGGCAUAUCUUUUAACCGAGAUGAACUCACACGGCGAUUCAAGCAAUUCUCACGGCUCAAUCCACGCUCUUCACAACGUUUUAUCGGUGUUUUUAUGUGCAGUCUCACUACUGACAAUGACAGCCAUCAGUGUGGAUCGCCUCCUCGCACUGCGUUUGAAAUUCAGAUACAGAGAAACUGUGACACUCAGAAGAGUAUCUUUGACUCUUAUAUUUUCACACAUUUUAAGCGCGGUCAUGUCAUCAGCAUACGUCUGGUAUUAUCCUCUUUAUUUGGGGGCAAAUUACGGUGGAAUCUUUCUAUGUGCGCUCGUUAGUUCUGUAUGUUGCAUUCUGGUGUACAGUGCGAUACGCAAGCAAAGCACAAGGCAAGUUUUUCACUGCACUAAACGUAAUCUACAAUCAAUUGAGCAUCAAAGAAGUGUAGAUGACUCUUGCUUUAACAUGGUGACGUACAGAAGGUCUUUCUAUAGCACUCUGUAUGUGUAUGCGUCUCUUUCUGUCUGUUACCUUCCCUACGUUUGUCUGAAGAUCGUCGGUCAGUACACGGGCUGGGACGAUCGUGUUACGGCGGCCUUUUACUGGUGCGGAACUCUAGUUUUGUUCAAUUCUUCUCUAAACCCGCUUCUAUACUGUUGGAGAAUUCAAGGGAUCAAACAAGCUGCCAAACAGACCGUUAAAAAAAUGUUUUCCUGUUUCAAACCUUGUGAAACGGGAAUCGCCUACGCAUAA